AUUUUUUAAACUUCCACGCAAACGAUAUUAUUUCAUUCGAUUAUUGAAAAAUAACACGGUUACCAACACUGUCUUUUCUAGUCGGUGAUUUGCUGCUGAUACAAUUUCAUAAUACGAGAGUGUGCAUUCAUUGUUCGCAUUUUUUGCAAUAAUAAAUUAAAAUGGUUCUUUCUGAGGGAGUCAAGGAACGUCUGGGAGUGGUUGUGGAUAUCGUGCAGACCACAUUUCACUGGGGAUUUGUGCCCAUGGUCCUUUAUUUAGGAUUCUCCAAGGGAGCUGAGCCUGGAAUGCCUCCACUAUCCCUUCUGAGUCUUCUGUGGCAAUAGAUACACACAUAUUUAAUUCAUACCGAGUAUGGUUGCAAGCGGAAACAAACUCAAAAUAAAAUUGACAAAAUGUUGUUGUUGAUUGCUUGGCAUUUUCAAAGCACUAGUACCUUAAGGAGAGCUAGCGGAAAUAAAUUUCUGUUCAAAUAAUAUUAAAA